CAGAUGCAGAUGAGCCUCGGGCAGUCUGUGCAGAAGAACUGCUCUACCUGCGGCAUGGAGUAUACGGCUUCCAGUGCCGAGGACCGCAAGCUGCACGACAAAUAUCACAAGCAGAACCUGGAAGGUUACGAUGUAGGCAAGGAAUUCGUGUCCAGAACGAAGCAGUGGAGAAAGCAGUAUGGCGUAUUUACGGGCGUCAGGGCAGGGGACGCCAUCGUAUACCUGGACUGUUUUGAUCACGGCAAGCGAAAGAAUCGAGGGCAGGCCGUGCUCGAGAUUGUACAAAGAGAGCUAGGCGCAGUCCCUAUACCUGAGCGUCAGAUAUGGGAUCUUAAAGUCGCGCAGUGUGAGUCGAUGCUGGACGCACCUUACAAAGCGUACUUGUACAUACGGGGAACGAAGUGUGUGGGAUUCUUGCUUGUGCAAAAGAUUGGCAAGGCGUACAAAGCUCGGAAGCAACGAGAGGCUGCGGCAGAAAAGGCUAUUGUGCAAGAAAUGAAGGAAGCCGCUCAACAUCUUGUUCAGUUCUCGAGCGACGCACAUCCUGCUGUGGUGGGCAUAUCUCGAAUAUGGACCUCGUCGACAGUGAGAGGACAAGGUAUUGCAAAGCGCCUGAUCGAGGUCGCUAUCAAGAGGCACAACAUUAUGGCUAUCGAGCAUAAAGAGCAAGUAGCUUUCUCGCAACCGACCGAUGCAGGUGCGAAGCUGGCAAGGAAGUGGUACGGGAGAGCGUAUGGAUGGAGCGUGUAUCUCGAAUGA